CCCUCGUGCCUGCACCAUAAACCUCAACACAUUUUGCUACCGCAGCUGUUGUGGCGCAUUCGGCGAGCGGAGAGGUGCGCUCUUUCUGCAGUGACUAUGUCAGAAUUUGCACGGGCUUUUACACAUUGAUCAACGAACAGCGAUCUCGUUUCACUUUGGCAAAAACGGAAUGUUGUCGCUCGCUCCCUCAACAAGGUCGGUUUCCGCACAACUUUGAAGACAUCGCUCACUUACCAUGAGCUGUUUGGAUGUUAUGUACCCAGCCUAUGGACAUUACGCACCGUACGCACCGACCGCUCCUGCUUUUAUUAAUAGCAUACAGGCUCCUACAGGUCUGAGCAGCACUUCUCCUCACUGCCCGGAUUUUAUGGACACUCCCAGGGGUCUCAAAGGGAUGUCUGGGGGCCCAGGCACUGGAGGAUCAACUUCCUCUUCAUCUUCAUCGAGCUCCUCCUCUUCCUCCUACACACCUGCAGCUUCAAGGCCAGAGGAGGGCCCCAAGGAGAAGCAGGAGGCCCCUGAGGCAGAGUACCUGACUUCCCGCUGUGUCCUCUUCACCUACUACCAGGGAGACAUCAGCAGUGUGGUGGACGAGCACUUCUCCAGGGCCCUCAGCUCUUACAUGGUUGGGGAAGGGAAACGACAGGCGCCAGACCAACAGAGCACAGAAACCCCUUCACCCAGCAGCCGACGAAACUUCCCCCCAUCCUUCUGGGACAGUAACUACUCUUCACCUCAAAGUCGCUCCCGCUGUGAAACGGGAACACCCUCCUAUUCAAUGGACCCAUACGCGUCAGGGCUACACCCAGGCCUGCCUCAUCCACAUCCUCAUCCUCACCCACAUACUCAUCCUCACUCCCAUCCUCAUCCUCCAGAGAGCUGGGGAUACCCCCAGGCCCAGGCCUAUGGGCCCCCAAGGCCUCUCCAUGAACUGUAUUCACCAUCAGCCUUGGAGCCCCACUACGGGCCCCUGCUGAUGCCUACAGUGAGGCCACCUCAUCUCCCUACCUUGCCAAGCCACUAUGAUGUGAGCAAACUGGAACCCACUGCCUCCUGGCCCAGCCUGAUUCCCCCAGGAGACGUCAGCCAGACUCUGGCACUCAACAUGGAUGCAGGCCUCCAGCAGCAUAAGAAAGGCAAGGAGCUGUACUGGUUCUAACGAGCCCUUUAGUCACAUUGACCAGCUAUUACCAGAUCCAAUUAGUCCCUGGACCUGCUCUGCUAUUGAAGCAGUGUGUCCCUUUAUCCCCCCCACACACACUUCAUCCUCAUCUAUCCACCCCCUUUCUCUCUGUUCCUGGCCUCCCCUGCCAGUAUACAGCCUUGCUCCAGGUUGACGUGUGUGCACCAUGGAGAUAAAGCAGAGGUGGGGAGGGAAAGAAAGAUGGAGAGAGUGUCACUGCCCAUAAUCUGUGCUGUUGCUCUCUCUUUUUCACCUCUCCUCCACUCCUUCUCCUGUUGCUGCCGGUGCAGCACAGACCUUGGCAAAGUGUGAGCUACAGUGACCUGUUUGGACUGAGAAAGACAGGUUCACAUUGGACUUUUGCAGAGGACAGAGAUAGAGGGAUGGAUGGAGGGAUGGAGGGAUGAAUCACAGCGAGCAGGGCUUUCCUCCAACAUCCUUGUUUAUCUCUGUCUCAUGCUUUUUGUUGGUACAGUGGUUGCCAUCUUCUGUUUAUCUGGAUUUCACAAAUGCAACAUGCAGUGCUAAACAGUAGUAGCAGUUAUGGAGGUUUAUGCUUUGUGAUGGUCAUGAUGCCUUUUUUGGUUGUUAUUAUAUACUGUAAUUUUGCUCUCUGAAAUAAAGUGUUUCUAUUUAUUGGUGUUUAUGUGUAUUUAUAAAAUGUUUGGUUAGGCCCGUGUUCUGAAAAUGUUUUGGUUUAGUUGUUUAAAGAUGUGAAAUGGAGAUUCUCAGUCAUCUGUCAAGGAAUCUUAUGUGGAGAAUAAAGAUAGUUUCUCAAAAACAUAUCAAAAAUUGGUUGCGUUAAGAAAUAGUUUGCACUGAACAAACUAAACUAGUGUGUUCUUUCAAUCUGACGAUGUUUCAUUUCAGUUCUUUAUUUCUGUGUCAUUUUUAGAUGUUUGAAUUUGGACUUUCUAAAUAUUUUU